AUUUAUGUAUAACAUCAAUCUUGCGAAAAUCUCUCAUAUAUAGGUGAAGCUCUCUGAAAGUUCAAAUCUUAAUAGAUUCUCUAAUAUUAUAGUCUAGGUUUUAAUAUAGACUUUAGUGUUGGUGAUCAAACCGGAAAUUUUAUUUAAGUUUUACAUAAUUUCUUGAAUUUUGUUCGAGAACAAGUUUCCUAUGUUUCAAUGUGAAUAUUUCAAGAUAUUUCUGUGACUGAAAACUAAAUCUGCUACGGACCAACCUAACAGUCUAUCUGAACGAAAAACCUCAAAUUGAUUUAAGAUGAAUGUUAAUAAAAAGAUUGAAGUGAAUGCAAGUUCAUUGGUAGAAUUAAAGGCAGAACUUAUCCGCAAAAAGAAGGAAUUUGAUGAACAGACUCAUCUAAAUGAGCAGAAAACUCUGUCUAGACCGAAAAAGAUAGAAAAAAAGCCUAAUAUAUGGAGCGUGAAAAACACUGGUGUUCAACAGAGAGCACUCAAAGAUUUAGAAGACCGCAAAGAAGAAACUGAUAAACUGUCAGCCUCAAGAAAGGCUUUAGAAGCUAAAGCAAAGAUAUAUGAGCAACUCUCCGGGACGUCGACUAAUAUUCCAGAAAGUAUUGAUGUAACCGGCUAUCUUGUGGAUUUUGAUGAGAAAAAAUACAAUCCAAAAUUAUCAAGAAGACAAGAAGAGUUUGAAGCAGAGAAUGAAAGGAGAAUAUACGAAGAAGAACAGAGAAGGAUUGAACGGGAAGAUAUUGAAGAUGAGCGACGUCAAAUGUCUCGGCCAAUACCCUCUCCAAGGGAUUCAUCUGAAGAAUGGGUGGACUUUACAGACUCUUUAGGAAGGUUACGAAGGUGUCUAAGAAGGGACUUACCAAAAAUGAUCAACAUGUCAAAUUCCUUAAUACAAAAUGAAUCAAAAAGCCACAAAUCUUACGACGAUGAUGAUGAUGAUCACGAUGAUCUACCACAAGAUGAUGACAUUAUCAGUCUUCCUGUAAAAAAAGGACCUAUUCAUUAUGAGGAUCUUAGACAAAACGAGAUUCGAACUCAUGGUAUUGGAUAUUUCAAAUUUUCGAAAGAUGAGGAGAAAAGACAAGAAGAAAUGGAAAAAUUGAACGAAUUAAGGAAAACUACGGAAACUAAAAAAGCUAUAAAUGAGAGAAUAAAAGCAAUGAAGUUGAAACAACAAGAAGAAAGAUUAGCUAAAGUUAGAAGACGUAAAUGGAUAAGGGAAGGUAAAACCGAAGAAGAAAUGGCACUCUUAGAAAUUAAAUUGUUAGCUGAAAAGGAAGCUGAACGUAUUGAUAAAGAGGAAAGGGAGCAUGUUGAACCUAUCAUUAGAGAGGAAGAAUGGAGAAAAUAUGCACCUAAAAGGGAAUGGGACCGUGGAAAAUCAAUCGUUGGAGAUGUCAGAAAAGGAAAAUCUGAUGCACAUCAAGAACGACUGCAAGAAUUCGCUCCGCCCUCAUGCUAUGAGGAGAAGAGGAUAAAGAAAUUUAAAAAGUAUUAUCCGCGAAAGGACGAAGUACAAGAAGAUUUUAGCGAAGUCCCACCACCUCCAUCUCCAAAAAUAGAUCCUACAAUAGCAACAAACAGCGCUUUUGAUUUUAUAGAUGAAGAAUUAACAAAAAUUCGACAAGAACCUAGUAACUUGUAAACUUAAUCUUCAGAUAUUUCAUUAUAUAUAUUUCAUAAUACCAAUAAAUAUACAUUUCAUAUUUGUUUUCCCUAAAA